CCGGGGAUGUUAUGUGAACUUGGCUUGAUGUGAACUUGAAUUUGGAACAGUACUUUGGGCGCGACUAAAAACACAAGUACUGCCUACAGACAACGCAUAUUGAGAAACAGCCUCUCUUGUUAGUAAUCCACAGCGAAUAUCUGUACCUGAUCGAUCUUAAAGAAAUGUUCAAAGCUGUAUAGAGAGUGAAGGUGACAUCUUUCCUGUUCGAGAGUGGAGCUCCCGCUCAUGGUCUGCAGCAAGCAACUUCUCGCCAGAUACAAAUAUUUUCAUUUUUUAACAAUGGAAGCAUGUCAUUAUUUAAUGUCUUUCAUACUUCUUAUCUUCAUCCCAGGGUCCAGCGCUGAAGACACUGUGUUUGUGGAGACAGGAGCUUCUGUUCAACUGGAUAUACAGAGAGAUAAACUAACUGAUGAGUUUGAUGAGAUAAUUUGGCAGAAUGAAAAAUCAGACAAUAUAGUGAAAUAUUAUAAUAAAUUUAAAGCAGUAUAUUAUUACGAUGACUACAAGGACAGAGUGGAGUUUAAUACUACAAGUUUCUCUCUAACACUGAAGAACAUGAAGAAGACAGACAGUGGAGUUUAUACGGCAAGAAUAACUGGAACAACAAAUAGAGAUGUUGCAGUACACAGAGUAUCUGUUAUAGAUGCAGUGAAGACUCCUGAGCUGACUGUCAUCUUACCCAGCAGUGACUCCUGUACUGUAAACUUCACAUGUAGAGCUCAUGACCUCACACUUCACUCCACUUAUAAUAAUGAUAACUGCUCUCCAGAGGAAGUGACAUCACAUGAGAAGUUCACUCUCAUCCUGAUCUGUAGUAAUGAAACCAUCAUCUGUAACCAUAGCAACCCUAUCAGCUGGAAAACAGACAUGAUAGACAUUACACAGCUUUGUAAAGUUCAUCCAGACAUUCUAGAACAACAAAACAAUUUCAUCACUCCCAUCUGGAUGGUGGUCUGUAUAGUGGUGGUGCUGGUGGUGGCAGUGGUGGUGGGGUUUGUGUUUUUGUCCCGCUGCAGGAAGAGAAACCUUUAAGAUCCUGGCUCAGGAACAAGAUGCAACGGGAGAAACCAGCACGGUCUGCAAACAACCAGCUUCAUCCAACAGUACCUGAGAUCAAACUGAAACAACGGCUGGCUUUCAUGGAGAUUAUACAGCAGGUCAUUUGUUCAGUUGCAAAAAUAUAAAAUGCAACCUCUUUUAAAACAAAGAAUAUUUUGCAUGUUAAUCAAAAAUGUUGAUGUGAAAAUGCAGAAAACACCUAUUUUUGCAGCAUAUGUUUACUCCAUGAAUCUCUUUACAAUUUUUUAAUUAUUCAGUUAUUUAGUGAUUAUUCUCAUAAUCAAGUAGUAUAAAAAAACUUGCACCCACAUGUCUUACACCACGCCGUCUCUUAUUUAAUCCUUCUCCCAUGCACUUAGAGGACUUUGCUGAAAAAUCAUUCUGCCAAAAGCGUGGUAUUUCUGAAUGGUGGGAGGCCGAGAUUAAGCAGAUUUGAGGUGAAAGUAUUUGACUAACAUAUAAUACGUGCUGACUGAGAGCAUUCUGUCAAUAUCAUUAUUUCAGUUUAAAUGGAGGUGGCAUUUAGUGGCUUUUGCAUCUCUCUUUAUAUUUUGUCUGCUGUUGUACAUUCAGAUUACAAAAGGAUGUUUUAAUUAUUAACAUAUUGUUUUGUGUUAUUCUAUUUAACACAUUAUAGGGCAGUUUCCUGGACAGGGUUUAAUCCAGGCCUUAGUUAUAUUUAGUACAUUUGAGUACUUUUUACAAACAAACCUUACAAAAAACAAUACUGCUGUGCAUCUUGAGACAAAACAAUAACACUGAUGUAUGUUAAGAUAUGUCAGUGCAAGAUGUUUUUUAAUUAAGGCAGCUCAAACAUACAUUUUAGUCUGGGACUAGUCUUAAACACUGACUGGGAAACUGCACCAUUAUGUAAAAAAUCAGUUUUAUCCAACAGCUUCAGUAAUGGCGGUCUUAAUUUUGUUGAUUUGCAAUCUUAAAUAAUACUUUCAAAAUCAAUUGUUUGAGAAAUUACCAUAUAGCAUUUUAUACUGGAACAUGUUUUUUAUUAAAUGGGAGGUUUGAAU